CGCACGAGAGUCGCCCGCCUGCACUCUCACGGCACGGAUCUGGUCGCCGUACCCUCCUGGUUGUGUGCCCUCCGAGCCCUCCAAGGCCACCGUCGCCACGACAGGCCAGCCCGCCUACGUCGGCGGAGGGCCGUGCCUCGACGCUCGUGUUACCGCUUCACGAUUGGUUCGCUCCAUUCCAGCAAGCGCAGUCACGUGAUCGGGCCGCCACCACAUUAAAGGACGACUUCCACCUCAAUGCCGAAGUGGACUCCCAGCCACCCCCUCCCGGAACGGGGAAAGAGACAGCAGUAACAACAGAGACACCGGGAACACCGGAGAGACGAAAAAGAUCGUGGAAAUUUCGGUCCUGGCGACUGGAGACGACCGUCUCUUUCUACGGGACGUCCUUCGCCUCUCCUAUCCGCGUCUUCGUGGAUCGACGAGUACCUCCACCACGGACAUCGCUGGCCCCCCACCUACCCUCGGCCGCUAUCUCUACGUCCUCUCUCUCUUCUCCGUCACUUAGCAAGUAUACUGCGAUCGGUGACUGCUUGGCGUACCCUAGCGUACCGCUCGCCUGGGUUUCGGCCGAUCGGCAACAGUGACGGCAGCCGCGGUACGCGCGCGAUUCGGCACGGCGUUCUCCGUCGAUCGGUCGGACUAUCGAUCAAAUCGCCGCGGCUACGUGUGACAGUGGUGAUGAGUGCUUGGUUAUUCCUGCAUUCGGAUCUAUGAAUUGGAUCUGUCGUCCAAGCCGUGUCAAUCGCGAGCGAGCAGUGUCAUGUCCGUAGCGUGCUUCGAAAAUCUGCUUCUUAUUGAUAUCGUGUUUAGUAUUACAGGACAAAUUGUUCUGCUAAAUGAAAUUUUUCCCCUUCAUAAAAGAGGAUGAGCACGAAUAUACGGCUUGCGAUAAUUCACCGUAGUGAAUAUUAUAAUAGUAGCAAACGAUAAUUUACCGUAGUGAAUAUUAUAAUAGUAACAAAUAUGCAGUAAACAAUAUAGUUGGUUCAUCGACUGGGGAUCGGUGUACUUUCUUGGUGAAAAUCACCAUCGCGUUAGUGAGUAAGGAAUAAAAAACACGUAAUAUUUAAGAAUAUUAUAUAAAAGAGAAACGGGAUUUCAGUUUCAUGUUAAAAUAAAAAAUGAGUAGAAUUAGCAAUCGCGUACGCGCUAAUGACAAUAUACGAAAAAAGAGAAAAUAGGCUACAUAAGCAGAUUCAUGCUUUCUUUAGCCUUCUCGAAAGCGAGUCCCGACAAAGUUUUACGCGACAUUUCAACAUAAAUACAUUCUGAGAAUCGAGAAAUUAACUUUUAAUAACACUUAUCGAGUGAAUUUAUGUGAAUAGUGCGUUCAUCAAUAUCUACACGCUGUAGAUAUCGCCUCGAGGCAAGAUAUCGGAAAGAGAUACAGCUGUAUAAUUUCCUAUGAACGCUAUCUGUCAACAGUUAGCGAUAAAUGAUUCCCUAAUUAUUGCAUUCGUCAUCGAAAAACAAAAGCAAGGUGCAGGUGCACGCUAGCGCGUAUUAUUCUAUGCGCGACAAGCAACGCGCGUUGGUGUACCCUGAAGAAGAUUCGCGCCAAUUGCAGUUGUCCGGCUCCAGCAAUCUGCAGCUCAGCAAUCAUCCGCAGAAUUUGAUCCACGUAAGUAAGGAGCUAUCGACCGUGAAGACGAGGCCGACGACACCCGUCCUGGCGAACGACGGAGGGGGCGGCUUCUGGCUGGCCACGGUGGCCGCGGGGGCAAGUACCCCAGCCGGGCUGCCCCCGCACGGGACUCAUCACCCAGCCAUGGACCCAACAUGCGGGUCCGCCGAAACCGGCUUUAUCAACAGCCAGCCCUCGAUGGCCGAAUUCAUGACGGCAUUGCCGCAAUUAGCCGGGGACAGCAGUCUGCAACAUUCACCGGGGACCGGUGGAUCCAUCAGUCCUGGUGCUCAUCAUCCCGCAUACCACACCAUGAUGGAUCCCCACGGUGUCGCUGACCCCUCAGGUGUCAAUGUUCCUGAAUAUCCUUGGAUGAAAGAAAAGAAAACGACGAGGAAAAGUAAUCAGCAAGAAAAUGGCCUGCCAAGAAGAUUGCGAACAGCCUACACAAAUACACAACUUCUCGAGCUGGAAAAGGAGUUCCAUUUCAAUAAGUAUCUUUGUCGACCGCGAAGGAUAGAGAUUGCAGCUUCGUUAGAUCUUACAGAGAGACAGGUCAAAGUUUGGUUUCAAAAUCGGAGAAUGAAACACAAGCGGCAAACGCUCAGCAAGGAGGACGGCGACGAGAAGGACGGUUCUACUUCGGACGGCAUGGAGAAGCCUAAGAGCGACAAAAUCUUAUCUACGGAUAGCGAUGAGAAGAAGAGCUGUCAUAACUGUGAUAUUUCGGGCGUAGGCGAUGUUGGAAGCACUCUCACUGGCGACGUUACUGAAUUGGGCCCUUCCGGUCGAAGAAGCAGUAAUAACAAUAAUACACCCGGCGCGACUAACAAUAAUAACAACAACAACAGCAACAGUAAUCCUGGUUUCAAUACGAACAGCAACGGUGCCAGUAGCGUUGGCAGUACCAACAGUGUAUCCAGCUCAUUCGAGAAAAUGAUAGUGGACGACGAUUCGAGAUCGCAGGAUGGAAGUGAAGUGACAUCACCGAGCUUGACGAAAAAAUUGUCGAGCGAGGUGAGAGUGAAGGUUGAGAGUGGUCACAAAAGUCCGAACACCGCGAAACAGCAGCAGCAACAGCAGCAGCAGCAGCAGCCGAUCACAGUGAGUAAGAAAUCGCCGUCGGCCAACACGAAGGACAUGUGUUCGGUGAACAGCAACGGCGUGCUGCUGGCGAUGCCGGAUUCGACGGUCAGCACGCCGGUGCUGCCCGGUCAGAAUUCCACGAGAAGUCUCACGCCGUCCUCCACACCCGGCACCCCCGUUUCCGUCCAGCUUCAGCAGGGCAGCCCCCUCGGUAUCCAGCAGGCGGCUCACUCGGCCUACAUGCAAAGACCGCGAAGCUCGCCGUCCUCCACGAGCUCGCUGACGGGCCCGAUGUUGCACGGCACCGCUAAUCCGGGCACGAUGUCGCCUCACGGCGGUCGUAGCAUCGCGAACAAUCAGCAGACGCAUUUCCAGCAGCAGGGUGUGUAUCAGCCUACACCGGCCAUCGAUUAUCGAAACGGCGUGUCCAGCAGACAGGCCAUACCUACGGCGUCGCCGCAAACUCAGUCGCAGAACAAUUACUGCUCUCGUGACACGUAUCAGCAGCCGAGGAUCACUUAUCCCGGCGACGUGAAUCCCCUGUACGUCAGGCAGAACCAGGCGGUGAGCUCGAGAGUGGCGCAUCACGUGAGAGCGACGGGCACGGCGUCGAGGUCGAUGUACGGCGCCAACAUGCAGUUCCAUCAGCAGCAGCUGCAAUACGGCAGCACCGGAGAGUACAACGGCUAUCCCCAGGCCGGACCGCCUUAUCACGCUUAUCAUCGGGGCAUGCAAGGUGCGAACGCCUACAACUCCGGUCAGGGAUACUCGGCGGCGCAGAACGAGCAGGGCACCGACGGCUACAUGACGCCGGGAAAUUAUGGUUACUCGACCGGCGGCAAUUAUCACGGCGCUGGCGAGAAUCUGACGGCGCACGGCCACGCCGCCGUGUCGGUGCAGACCGGCCAGCACUAUUUCAACGAUAUCCAGCAGCAGCAGCAACACCCGCAGCAACACACCGCCGAAGGCUACGUCACGCAUCAGCCGCCGAUGCAUCCUAGCUCCGGCGACUAUCACCGGCCGGGGAACAAGUGUCAUCCGAGCGCGUAUUACGAGCAGACCGGUCAGCUGCACGUUCAUCAAGGCGGGGAGGCUUCCAACAUCCCGAACAGUUACGUCUCGUCGCCCGAUCCGUUCCCGGCGCCCGGUAUGACGACGACCGCGACGGCGAUCGCAGCUGCCACCGCGGCGGUCAUCACACCGCCCGGAAGCGCCGGCCAGACUGACAGCAACACCGAGUCCUACGGCAAUUACGGGAAUUUCUACAACGAACCCGCGGUGCAUUCCAGCGCGGCGCCGCCGCCGUCCGCCGACAACAGCAACAGCUCGUCCGACUUCAACUUUCUCAGCAACCUGGCGAACGACUUCGCGCCCGAGUACUACCAACUCAGCUGAGUUCACGAUACUGAGAAUUCCUGCCAGUUGGACUGGGGCGACGAGCAGUGCCUGCUCAAUGCUUUGUACUGAGGUUACAUCGUGAUCACCGCGCAAGAGUCUACAUGAUUUGUAUAUACUUUAGCACCCGUGAUUUAGAACUACGUGUAAAUGAGAAAUUGUGUAAAAAUGAAACUAACACGGAACUAAGAACAUCGCUAACAGUGCGUGCAUCUGUAAGACGUAAGUUCUCCGUUCAAUCUUGGCUAUCCAAGUAUUUUCCAGUUCCAAGUAAUUCCAUCCGCGAAUUGUGUCGAAAUUAUUUUCGCGGCUGGUUGUAUUAAAAAUCGAGGUA